AUGGAUUAUUCUUAAGACCUUAUAUCACUUCUUGUAAAGAUGGAUUUGGACUAAAUAAUAAUGUCUGUGUUAAAUAUUGUUAAGAUUCUUGUCAAAAAUGCAUUAAGGUAUUUCAACUAUUUAAUUAGGGAAAAAAUGAAUUUAUUUGUUCCAAAUGUCCUUUGAAUUAUAACAAAAAUCAUCUUAGAUCUUAAGUCUCUGGUUAAUGCCUAAAUUGUCCUUUACUUUGUGUUUAUUGCUAACAACGAUCAACUCAAGAUAUUUAAGUAUUCCAUUUUUGUAUUUUAGUUAAUUAAUCCAUACUUCUAAAUUUAUUCAAAUAAUUCUAAAUUUACUACCAAAUGCUUAUAAAAAUAAUCUGAACCUAAUAUUAUUAUAGAUCCCAAAUUAUAUAUAGCUAGAUAUUGUUAUUCUAGUAAUUGUCUAGAGAGUUUUCAAUAUUUUGUAAUUAAUGUGUCUUAAUUUAUUAGGCUAAUUUUUAAUGCGAGUAAAUAAAUGGACUUUUUAUUUAUGAACUCCCUUAUAAUUAAAAUUUUAUUGAAUUUAAGUUCAAUUUUGAUUAUUUUAAUGAAGUGGGACUUUAAAAUUACAUAUUAACACUCCCUUUUAAAAAUCUUUGUAAAGAUAACAACUAUAAAUAUCCAAUUUUCAAUUUCUUUAAAGAAAAGAUCUUUUCUUUUUAGCAUGCUUAAUUAAUCCUUCUAGGUGAUAAUAAUCCUACCUUUUUAGGAAAGACUUUUAUUAUUUCAAACUUUGAUUCUGUUAAAAUUGAUAAAGUUUAAUUUUAUGUUAAUGCAUUCUUAGAUUUAACAUUUCAAAAUAGAGAAAAAUCUAUUGAUUUCAUAAUUCUGAAUUCUGGUAUAUUAUCUAAUAAUAAAUAACCAAUUUAUAUCAAUUUUGGAAUUAAUAAUUUUUACUCUUUUCAUUUAGAAAACUUUUAGAUUGCUAAUGCUAUAAUCGAAAAUACAGUUUUAUUUAAUAUUAAUAUCAAUACUUUAGGAGAUGAUAUUAUAUUAAAGGAUGUUUAAUUAUUCAAUUCUACAUUUUAAAAUUCAUCCUUUAUUAUAUUUUUAAAUUUGAAAAGAAAUAUUUUUAUUGAUAAACUAACAAUUGAUUAAUGUUAAUUUUAUGAUUCUACUUUAGCUAAUUUUAUUUUAAAUUCAAACUCUAGUAAUUAUGUUAAAAUUAAUCAAAUUUCGAUAAAAAAUUCCUUUUUUAAUUCUUCUAACUUAAUAAAAAGUGUUGAAAAAGUUGAAUUCAUAAUCACAACUAUUAAAAUUGAAAAAAAUGAAUUUCGAAAUACUAUGUUGAUUGUUUUUAAUUAUGACUUUUUCAUAAUUGAUAUUGAUAUUCUUGACAAUUACUUUUAUUAAUCAAUAUUUCUUGUUUAAAUCUCCUCUUUUUAUCUCAAUAAUGAGAUUCAUUUACAAAAUUUAAAAGCCUAAGAAAAUUAAUUUUUUAAAUUUUAAUUAUUUCUUACAUAACAAAAAUUAUAAACUACAUAAAUAAACUUUAAGAUCAUUUCUUUUCAUUUGGAAGAUAAUAUCCACUAAAAUAACAAUGCUGAUGUUUAAUUUUUAUUUGAUAUUAAUUGCCUUAGUAUUCUUAUUAAGAAUAUUUUCAUCAAAACCACUUAAAAUUUACGAUAUUUUUAUUUGGUGGGUAUUAACAUAUAAAUUUUGAAAAUAUUACUUAUGAGAAUCAAUUUUAAAGUCAUAAAGUAUAAGUCUCGAAGUAAUGUUUAAAUAUUACUUUUUUAAACUCACAAUUAUUAUUAGUAUAAGGAAUGAGCAGUCUUACAUUAAAUUCAGUUGUAAUUAAAAACUUAUUUUCUUUAAAUCAACCUCUGAUUUCAAUAAUUUCAACAACAAUUAAUAGUAGAAGUCCUUUAGAAAAAUUAUAAAUUAAGAAUGUUUUAAUUCAGGGCAAUAUACUAAUUAAGUCAGAAUUAGGAUUCAUAUUCUCAAUCAUAGAUAUAAACUCUGAAAAUUCAUAAGUAAUAGUAUUUGAGAACAUUUCUUUAAUUGAUAAUGUUUUUCAUUAAUAUAUUACAGACCCUUCAAAAUCUUCGGCUAGUUUAUUAUAUAUAAAUUCUAUGUAAAGUUCUAUUGAAAUUACUAAUUUGAUUUGUUUUUAGAAUUCAAUCACAAAUUCCACUUCUCCAUUUAUAUCUAUAUCUUCAAAUAAAUUACAAAUGAAAGAUAUUUAAGUUAAAAAUCAUAAUUCUAUAAAAAGGGAAUUUUGGAAUUUAUAUUAUGAAAUUUAAAUUAAAGAAGAUUAAUAAUAGAAUUAAGUUGAUUAUAUGAUUAAAUCAAUAUAUUUUAUCAAAAAUAGAGGAGGAUCUAAAAUGGGACUUUUAGCAAUAUUAUAGCUUAAGCAUGUUCAGUUUUUGAUAUCAACACUCAAGGAGAAGGAAUUAUAGGAAUUUCACAUUGUUAUAUCGCUUAUGUAUAAAGCUAAUUAGAUUCUAGCUAAGAGAAUGAUGGAGCAAUUAGUAUAUCAUCUUAAAAUAGUUAUUUAAAAUUGAAAAUCUAAUAAUUAAUUUUAACAGAAGUUUUAAAUAGAUAAGCACCUUCAAUAUUUUCAAUUUAUCCAUCAAAUGUAAAAAAUAAUAUUGAAAUGAGAGAUGUAUUUGUUACUAAUUUUUUUUCUUUGAAUAAUCAAUUUAUAAAAUUAGAUUUUAAUGCCCAAAAUGCUAAAUUAAAUUUAGUCUUAAUAGAUAAUUUAAGAAUUUCGUAAAGUGUUGAUAACUUAUUAUCAUAUAUUUAAUAGAUUGGAAUUCUUAAUUAAGUUUAAUUAUAAAAGAUGUUAAUUAAUAAUGCAAUAUUGAAUUUCUUAGGAUGUUAAUUAAAAAUUAAUGAAUUUUAGAUAGAUGGAAUAGUUUUAUCCUCUGUAUUAAAAAUUAUGGACUCUAUUUCAAUAAAAUUGAUGAAUUUUAAAAUUGUUGAAAUUUAAACAAUUUAUCCAAUAAGAUUAAUAACUAUUGAGUAAAAUAGCUUAUUGAAUUAAAAUAUAAACUUUUAAAAUAUUUUGAUCACAAAACUAAUUUUAUUUUCAAUAAAAGAGACAACAUUAAAAUAUAUAAUGUAUUUUCCUCUUGAUAUAAAUUUUUAGAAAUGUAGCUUAGAAUCUUAUGAUUUAAUAAUUUAACCAUAAAAUCAAUCUCUAUUUCUAACAUAUUUUUUUAAAUAACUUAGUGAGUUUUUUUCUAUUAAUUAAUACUAAUAAGGAUCUUUAAUUUAUUUUUACAGUAAGAAUGUUUAAACAAAAAUAUAAUUAGAUAAGAUUAAUAUAAAUAAUAAUGAUUGUUAAAUAUGUUUGAAUGGAGCAAUCUUUUUUGAUUUUAUUGAUUUUAAUUACGUAAAAGUGAAAGAUUUGAAUUGUGUUAGAAACUAAAUAAAAUAAUUUGGUUGUAUUUCAGCUCACUCUAAUUUUAGUUUGGAAAGUAAAAUAUUUGUGGAGUGUUCUAAUUUUAUAGAAAAUAAUGGUACUUAAGGAACUGCUAUUUCUACAAGAAAAAUAAAAAUUGUUUUAAUUAAUUCUAAAAUAGUUGGUAAUUAUGCAAUUGGAUAGGGUGGUGGACUAUAUAUUGAAUUAAAUACUAGAGAAUUCUUAAUUUCAUCAACUCUAAUUUCUAACAAUUAAGGAAAAGAAGGAGGAGGUAUCUAUUUAAAAGGUAAUAGUAGUCUUAAUUAAUAAAAUUUCAAUUAAUCUCUUCUUAUUUUAAAUAAUGCAUAAUUAACAACUAAAAACUUAUAAGAACUUCCAACUCAUUUAGCUGUCUCAAUUAAUUAUGUUGAAAUGUAACAUAUUAAAUUAACUAAGCAUAAUGUUUUAUCCAAUAAUUUAGUAUUAAGACCUUAUAAAAUAAUUUUGUAAAAUAAAUUCUUGUACACAAAUUAUUUAUUUUUGCCAAGUUCUUGAGAAGUUUAAGGUUAUAAGAUUUAUAAUCCUAUCAAUCAAAAUUAUAUUCCUUUUAUUACUAAAUUUACAUUAUCUUUUAAGAAUAGAUACAAUGAAUAAUUGCUUCAUUUUGAAAAUUCUUCUUCUUGUAAAAUCAUUUAAAGAGUUAUUGAUAAAACUUCCUAAUAUGUCUUAGAAUAGCAAUAAAUAUAAACAAUCUAUUAGAAUACAACAGAAAAUAAUUUUGAUUUAGGUUCUCAAACUUUUUUACUUGAUCCUUAUCAAUAAGAUGAAAAGAAUUCAGAAAUUUCAAUUCAAUGUUAAACUGAACAUUAAAUUGAAAGUAUGAUAUAUAAUAUAAAAUUUAAGAGUUUCUAUUGUUAAUUAGGAGAAUUUUAUGUGUCAGGUGGUUGUUAAAUUUGUUAACCAAUUUAAGGAUUUUAUGCUGUUACUUACAACACUACUAAGUGUUCAAUUUUUGAUAAAAAUAAAUUUGAUGCUAUAACUUCUAAUAAUAUAAAAUUAAAAUAGGGUUAUUGGAGACCCAAUUAGAUUUCUGAUGAUGUUGAAUUAUGUUUUAAAAAUAUGGAAUAUUGUGAAGGUGGAUGGUAGGUAGGUGAUAAUAUUUGUAAAAUUGGCCAUUAGGGUGGAUUAUGUGAAGAGUGUGAUAUAUACAAUAUUAGAGGAGAUGGAUAAUUUUUUAAAAAACAAUAAGAUUUGGUAUGUUAAUAAUGUAAUGAUCUUCAAAAUAGUAUUUCACCUUUUGUUUUAAUAUUAAUUUGGUAAGUUUAAGAUUUUAUUUUAGGGCAAUCUUUUCUACUUAUCUUACUAUAAAAAGUGUAGAAAAAACAAAUUAAUUAUACACAUCCUUAAAACUAUAAACUAAAUAUGCAUAAAUCAUUUUUAAACUUGGCUAAGGUACUAUUUUUAUAAUUAUUAAGAUCAUGAGAGCAUUCUACUUAAAUUAUAUCUUAAUUAUUUAUGGAUUUUUUCUACCAUAUUUACCUUUAAUAUCUCAUUUUCAUUUUCUUUAGGUUUUUUAAAACAAUCAAAUGAUACAUCUUAUUUUAUGGCAAACAAUUUAGAUUGUUUUUUAUCUAAACUUUAAGAUACCUAAAUCUUAUAUACUAGAGUUAUUGCCAUGCUUUUAUUACUAUUAUGCCAAAUUAUCAUUAUUUAUUUACUGUAUAAAUUGUUAUCAAUUUUUUACAAAAAUUUAUAUAAUGAUAGAAUCAUUUCCAUCACUAUGCUAUAUUUAUAUGUUUAAAAUUAUGCAUCAUUAAUAAAUUAGUAUAUAAAUCUUUUUAACAUAUUUUAGAUUUUUUUCCAUAUUAUCAAAGAGAUCCAUAUCAUAAAUAGAUUACAUUUAAGGUGAUGUUUCUUUGCUUUAUUCAACUGAAAAUCACACUUAAUGGAUAUUUGGAUUAGCAAUUCCAGGAAUGUUAUUUAUUGGAUUAAUCUUACCAUUUUCGUUGAUUUUAUUUUUGUACUUCAAAAGAAACUAUCUUGAUUCGAUUAAAUUAAGAAGACAUAUUGGUUAUUUAUUUAAUGAAUACAAUAAAAGUAAUUAUUUUUGGGAAUGGAUUAAAUUAUGGAAAAAAACUAUCAUAAUUGUAAUUAUGAUUAAUUUUGAGACUGAUGUGUUUCUGAAAGCAUCAUUGAUAGGACUCUGUUUAGUGUCUUAUUAAUUUAUUUCUUAAAGACAGUAACCUUAUAUCUUGAAAAAAUUUAAUAUUUUAGAUAUAUAAACUUGCCAAUUCUGCUCUAUUGCAAUUUUUUUAGCAGCUGUCAAAUAUAGAAGUGAAUAAUAAAACUCACAAUUUAUGUCCAUAUUUAUUUAAACUUUAAUAUCAAUUCUCUGUAUUUGGUUAAGUUAUCCAUUUAUUUUUAAUAUUUUAAAAGAAUACUACAGGAAAUACAAGUAACCAAUUUUAAGUUCAUUGAUGAACAUCUUGAAUUUUUCAAAAAUUACAUCAAAAUUUACUAAACGUAUCCAAAAAAAAUUAGCAUAAUGGUAAUAACAAGAAGAAAACAAAAAAAAAAAUAUUUAACUGCUAAGGAAAAUAUCUAUAUCAAGAAUGUAAUCAGAAAGAUCAGGGUAUUUUACAAUUAAAUAUUAGGUAAAAGAUUGCAUUCAUAUAAAUAAGUUCGUAUUCAAAAUUGUAUUCUGACUCAAAAAGAACCUUGUGA